UAAAUAGCAACCAAUCAUAUUUGGUUUAAAUAAUAUUUUUUGUUAUAAAAGUAGUAUAAAGUCAGGCUUCUAGUUGCAUUAGAAUCUUUUAGAAGUUUCUAUUUCUCCAGUCAAGAAAACAAUCGUGAACAAAGAGGUCAAUAAGUCUAUCAUUAUCAUAAUUAAAGUCUUGGCAAAAAGGAAAAUGCCGCUAAUGCUUUUGCUGCUUGCUUUGAUUCAAUUAUCAUUUGUUGAUUCAACAUGUUUGUAUAUAAAAACUAUUUAUCCAAAAGCUAAAUCAGGAAUGUAUGAAAUAUGGUUACCAAGUGGAAACCAUCGGGUGUUUUGUGACAUGUUAACGAAUGGAGGAGGUUAUACAUUUAUCUCUAGAGAAAUGGUGGCUAAAAUGGAGCCGAAUGAUAUUCAUUAUUUGUUCACAAAAAAACAAGAUGUUCUUCUCAAAAUUUUAAAACUGGACGGAACCCAACCUUAUACUAUUUUGAAGUCACCGUAUCUUGAUGUACAACUUAACGGAUAUAAUCAGUUUACUGCUCCUGUUAAUAAUGGUAUGAAACCAUAUAUUCAUCUAGGAACAUUGCGUGCAGUAGACUCUAAAGCAGGAAAUAUUGAAGGUUUUUAUUCAAAUGAUAAAUAUAUCUAUUUUCGAAAUUGUGACGGAAAUCCAAACAACCACUUUAUAUUUUUUCCAAACCUUGAUGGUAAAGCUCCUUCUUCUUACCUUGCCGGAAAUUUGGUGUAUGAACAACAAGGAGUAGCAGUUGAUUGGCGUAAGACGGCGUUACUUCCAGUGGGAAAUAUAAACAUUCCUCAAAACUUUUUUAUGUUGACAGAAAUGCAUUAUGGUGGCUGUGGAACAUAUACUUCGAGUGAUAGGUGGCCUAAAUCUUCCUCACCAGCUAAAGGUGUUGCAAUUGGAGUGAGAUAAUUUUAAGACAAUUUGCAAAACAGAUCUUUUUUUAAGUUAUUUUAUUGUCAUGGUGAUUAGUACUCCAGGUGCAGACAAUAUUUUUUUUUUUUUGGAAGAAGCAAAGAACAAGUAGAAGAAGCUUGGGAAGUCAAACAAGAAAAACUUUGUAUAUAUUGCAAUUAUAAACUUCUAUCUACUGGACUAAAGACGUUGCUGCGGCUUUUCUUUGAGUCUAGAUAGUUAUCGCGAAGUUUUAGAAGCUUUUGUCUAUUAAUAAAAACUGUAUAUAAAAAGUAAAAUUUAAAUUAAAAAAAUAAAAUAUAAAAAGUAAAA